AUGUCUGACGACUCACAACCAAAGUGUCCCGUAGACCACUCUGCCCGUGAAGUGUGGUCCCAGAAGGCCGAAGCGCUGCACCUAGUCGCGACUGAUACUGCCGAAAAGUGCCCGGUAGACCACACCGCCAGGGCCGACUGGAUGAAGAACAUGAAUCAGCCACAGGUGGUUACCACCACUCUCGAGGCUAUUGAAGUUGCCACUAAUUCCAAAGCCUGCUCUUCGGACAAUCAGGGGGCACACCAGGCGCUCCCAAAUACCAACAAUUUGCCGAUUGAGAGAGAGAUUUCCACUAUCCCGAGAACGGGGUAUAGUUCCAACUGGAUUUACCCAUCGCAGAAGCAAUUCUUUGAUGCUAUGGCUCGCAAGGACUGGUCGCCGAACGCGGCUGAUAUGAAGACUGUGGUGCCAAUCCACAACCAGGUGAACGAGCGCGCCUGGGCUCAGAUAAUGAGCUGGGAGAAGAGCCAGGGCGGUGAAAAGUGCGGUGGGGUCCAGUUGACCAGCUUCAAGGGAGAUUCCAAGAAGUUGACCCCUAGAGCCAGGUGGAACUGCUUCUGGGGGUACGAAAAACCAUUCGACAGGCACGACUGGACGAUCAACAGAUGCGGAACCGAGGUGGAGUACGUAAUUGACUUUUACGGUGGCAAGGCGAACCCACAGAAUGCCUUGGUGCCUAGUUUCUAUCUUGACGUGAGACCUAAGCUUAACAGCGUGGAGGGCUUCAAGAUGAGGUUGAAGAAGGUCUUGGGGAUCUGA